AAAUGUUUCAAAAUAUGCUCUACAUAAAUGGAAUUUUAUUGACUUUCAAAUAUUCUGUUUCAAAUAGAGCAUAAAGCGUUGUCUUUACUACUUAUCGAGCGACCGCCACAAUUUCUCACCGAACAGCUGUUUUCAUUGUAAUGCACUAAAUUAGUCCAAAAACGCGUUUUAAACGCUUGUGACGUGUUGUAUUUUGUAAAUUAUGUUAUUUUAACAGAAUUUACUUAAUUAAAUUGUAUCUUGUACGUGGGACUUUGGCUUUUUAAACACAAACAACAUGUUGACCCUACGAGAGCGGCAAAUAAAUGCAAUUAAGCAAAUGCUUAAUUUAAAUUCGCAGCAGCCGAAAGCUUUGGCCGCGGAGCCCGUGUGGAAGAUACUCAUCUACGAUCGCGUUGGCCAGGACAUAAUAUCUCCAAUUAUAUCCAUAAAGGAGCUCCGAGAACUGGGUGUGACUUUGCAUGUACAACUUCACUCGGAUCGUGACUCUAUACCUGAUGUGCCUGCCGUGUACUUUUGCCUGCCCACGGACGAGAAUCUCGAUCGGAUACAGCAGGACUUCUCCAAUGGCCUCUACGACAUUUAUCAUCUAAAUUUCCUAGCUCCCAUCACACGCAGCAAAAUCGAGAAUCUAGCUGCAGCUGCCCUACACGCCGGCUGCGUGGCCAACAUUCAUCGAGUCUACGAUCAGUAUGUAAACUUCAUCAGCCUGGAGGAUGAUUUUUUCAUACUGAAGCAUCAGCAGAGCGAUCAGCUCUCCUACUAUGCUAUCAACCGUGCCAAUACGCGCGAUGAGGAGAUGGAGGCGUUGAUGGAUUCAAUUGUGGACUCGCUCUUCGCGCUAUUCGUCACGCUGGGCAAUGUGCCGAUCAUUCGAUGCCCGAGGAACAGCGCUGCAGAAAUGGUCGCUCGCAAGCUGGAGAAGAAGCUACGCGAGAAUCUUUGGGAUGCACGCGCCAACCUCUUUCACAUGGAUGCCACACAGGCUGGCGGCGGAGUGUUCAGCUUUCAACGUCCUGUGCUGCUGCUGCUCGACAGGAAUAUGGAUCUAGCCACGCCCUUGCAUCACACCUGGUCCUACCAGGCACUGGUGCAUGAUGUGCUUGAUCUAGGCUUGAACUUGGUCUAUGUGGAGGAUGAGGCCACAGCUGCCAGUGCGGGCGCUCGCAAGAAGCCCAAAGCCUGCGACUUGGAUCGCAAUGAUCGCUUUUGGGUCACGCACAAGGGCAGCCCGUUUCCUACUGUUGCAGAGGCCAUACAGGAGGAGUUGGAAUCCUAUCGCAACUCAGAGGAGGAAAUCAAACGUCUCAAGACCUCAAUGGGCAUUGAAGGAGAGUCGGAGAUAGCCUUCUCGCUGGUCAAUGAUACAACUGCUUUACUAACAAGCGCCGUCAAUUCGCUGCCACAGCUAAUGGAGAAAAAGCGUCUGAUCGAUAUGCACACAAAGAUCGCAACAGCUAUAUUGAAUUACAUCAAAGCGCGUCGUUUGGACUCCUAUUUUGAAAUAGAGGAGAAAAUCAUGUCGAAGCAAACGCUCGACAAGCCGCUGCUUGAGCUGUUGCGCGACGCGGAGUUCGGCCAACCGGAGGAUAAGCUGCGAUUGUAUAUCAUCUAUUACAUAUGCGGACAACAGCUGCCGGAGUCGGAGUUGGAACGUUUACGCGAAGCACUCCAAGCAGCUGGCUGUGAUUUAACUGCCUUGGCGUACGUUCAGCGCUGGAAGUCGAUAAUGAAUCGGUCGCCUAGCAUUAGCCAGGUCACUCAAUACGAGGGAGGAGGCACACGCACUGUUUCCAUGUUCACCAAGCUCGUAUCACAGGGCAGCUCCUUUGUCAUGGAGGGUGUUAAGAACCUGGUGGUCAAGCGGCAUAACUUACCUGUUACCAAGAUCACGGAACAGGUGAUGGAGUGUCGCAGCAAUGCUGAGACAGAUGACUAUCUCUAUUUGGAUCCGAAGCUGUUGAAGGGCGGCGAUGUGCUGCCCAAGAAUCGCGCACCAUUCCAGGAUGCAGUUGUCUUUAUGGUUGGCGGCGGCAAUUACAUUGAGUAUCAGAAUCUGGUGGAUUUCAUCAAGCAGAAGCAAACGUCCAAUGUGCAUAGACGCAUCAUCUAUGGCGCUUCCACGCUGACCAAUGCGAGGCAGUUCCUCAAGGAGCUCUCGGCGCUGGGCAAUGAAAUACAGACACCUGCAACGAGUUAGGAGCGACUGCUUAGCUUUCACUGCUGCUGAGAGGAAGACAACUACUAUCUGUGUGCGUGUGUGUCUGUGUGUGGCUUUUUCUUAUAUAUAUAUAUUUUAAGCAUAUCCAAA